UAGUCUUCUGUACUCUUUAGCAUUUCUCUCCCUGCUGUUCUCUUUCUAUCCAGAUUUCGAUCUUUUCGUCAUGGUCGCCGUCGCUGCAUCCCCGACACCUGGCGCCGCCGCUGGUUCCCCUUUUGCCACUAGGUCGCACGACCACCCGCCUUACAAAGAUAUGGUAUUGAGCGCCCUCGAGGCUCUUAACGGUCGCAAUGGAUCGAGCCGGCAUGCCAUAUCCAAGUAUAUCUCCGACAAUUAUCCCGAUCUCCCCCCAACCCACUCCUCCUUACUCAGUCACCAUCUCCGCCGCCUCCAAUCCAAUGGUGUUAUUCGAAUGUUUAAGCAUUCUUACAAGCUCGCAGAUCCACCCGCUGCCGAAGACAGCGGCGCGGCUGUUGGAUCCAAGAAACGCGGCCGCCCUCGCAAAAUUGUUUCGGCCCCUUCUUCUGUUCUUGAUAAAGCGCCCAAAAAGCGUGGUCGUCCUCCAAAAUUGGGUGCCGAUUCUCAACCGGCUAAGAAAAUAAAACCAGACCGGCUACCUACGUCGAAAACACCAGCCGUGGUUGAUCCUGCUGCUGUAUAUAUUCUUCCUCAGGCUGAGCAACUCAAGUCUGGAUUUCUGCAGAGUUUACCGGGUGCAGUAGCCAUUGUUCUUCCAGUGGGUCUUUUGAGCAAGAAGACUGCCAAAAGUCCCGUUCUCAUUUUGCCAAAUGGUGUUCAGUCUCUGGUUGAUGCUUCAGCCGGGAGGAAGAAGCUGGGAAGACCAAAAAAGAUUGAAGUCAAGAAGAAACCUGAUCAGCCAAAAGUGGUCGAGAAAAGGCCAUCUGGGCUGCCGAGAAGGAAAUCCAUGCUACCGAAGCAAGUGCUACUUCAUAAUGGAGGUACAACUGUCAGCCAUGUAAAUAUUGGUGAAAAGAAGCUUGGCCGACCACGGAAGAUCAGGGACUCUGUGCUGCCUGAGAAUGGGCAGCUGCAAUCAUUCGUCCCAGACAAGUUGGCCAUCACUGAAACAGAACAAGAGAUAUUGGAGGAGACUGGGAACUCAUCAAAGCCCGAAAGUUUCCAUGCUGUGCAGAAUAUUCCUUCUCUAGAGUUAAAGAAAAGGCCACUUGGACGACCCAAGAAAAAUACAAUUGUUGAAGGUCCAAAAUCUCCUCGCACUACUUCCCUUGCUACUUAAGACAUUAACCCUCUGUAUCAGUUGUGUUUUUUCUGUUCUUUCUCUUGAAUCCUUUAUUUUUAGUAUGUAUGUGAUGAAUAGUGGCCUAUCGACUUGUUGCUGUAUUGGUAGUUAGUUGUUUCUGCAUGAAUGAUAUGCUUAAUACAUUUAGGGUUUUGCUUGAU